ACAUGGGUGGCAAGUCCUAGCCGCAGGACCCAGCCAGCUUCAGGUGGCUGUUGUAGUAGCUGAGGGGACUGGCUGCUUUUAGACGGCUCCCCUCAGGUUCUGAGGGGAUGCCUAGCCCGAUUGUAGGGACAUGGCAUGCCAAUGGUUUCUAUGGCAACUUCAGAAGCAGAUGCAGGAGUGAUUUCACCCAAGAAUAUCGUAAAGCAGCCCGGCCACCACCUCCUGAUCGCUUCCUGCAGAGAAUGAAGGAAACCCCUUCCAAGCACAUAUUCUCCAAGCAUGACAACAGACAUGCCUUCCCAGGAUCAGCGACUUGCUUUGAGAACGGCUUAGGAAGGAGGAGAAUAGAGGGGAGCCUGCCCAGCACUCAAAACCUAAUAGACUGGAUCCCCCUAAAGGAGGAGCUGCAGCGUGAGAGGCCACUCGUUUCGAGCUAUCAGUCUGAUUACCGCUCCAGAGACAAAGUCCCCCAGAUGUUAGUUCUUCGCAACCAAGGGCAAGGGCAGCCCCUCCACCGCACCCCCAGUACCACCUACCAGCACACGUACCGGAGCUACUCCUUGCGUGAUCCCAUCCUUGGGGUGUUAAAAGAGCAAGAGGUGGCCAAAGACUCAGAACCCAUCACACCUGCCCCUCCCACCUCGAGUGAGCCCACCGCUCCCACUUCAAGUGAACCCACCACCAGAGAUGACAGCAGAAGCCCACGAACCCUUGCGCCAGGACCCUUUUACAGGCGCUGCGCACUUCACAGGCCAGAGCGACUGACAGUGUACGACUGCUUGCACUGGUACAAUUGUUGA